AUGGAGGCGGAAGUGGACAAUGGACACGAAGAGAUGGAUGAUGAGACCAAGGAGGCCUAUCUACUGGAAAUUCUAGCGGAAUUCCCCCUAAAGUCACUAAAAAUGAACAUGGACAACUGGGAGAAAAUGCUGUCAAUUGAGAAAUUCAAGUCAAUUGUACUAAAUUUCCUCAACAAUCCCCAACUGGAGCAAAUAUACUUCCUCAAUGUGGAUGGGAUUAUACUACCGUACGAAAAACUUCCAAAGACACCCAGUAAGAGUAGAAUCGUCCUCUGCCAGAGGAUUAAACCCGAAGUCAUUACACUUGGGAAUUACAGAGAGUCAGUUAAUUUUGGUGAUUUCCCUGCAAACACCAUGGAUUAUCUCUACAUACAUACGAAUUACAUACAAAUCCGACUACUUCCCCACCCAAAAGUUACAUCUCAGCUGCCACCCAUUGUGCAGAAAGAGGUGCAGGAUAAUUUGAACAAGUUGAAGAAUCUCAUAGAUGUGACAGAACAAAUGGAAAGGGGUGAAUGUGUGUUUCCAACACCAUCGAGUAAUGAUUUAUCACGCGAUGCUGACUUGUAUGUGCAACAAAGGUCUAGUGACACGGAUUUACAUAUUCAGCAAGCAUCAACAGACUUGACACCACCCACUACUAAUUCGCAAAAUGCUGAAUUAAAAGCAAAGAAAACAGCACUAUUCUACGAACGCAUAGCUGAAAUUAAACCAAUCAGCCAAAUCACUCAGGACUAUGGCAAGAUUGAACGUUUAGAAUUUGGAGAUAUUGGCGGGAAAGCGGAAACGCAAACUCUAAAAAAGAUUCUAAGCGAUUUUCAGGCACUUUCGCGUAAAUUUCAGAAUCUACCUUUCGACAUAUUCGACAUUGAUUCCACUCCGCAUGAUUUCAAUUGCGCUAAACGCCAAUUUCACGAAGAGUGUGAGUUUAUGGAUGAAAAAAUUGCCACACAAUUCUCUCGUGCACUCUCGAAAUGCAAUCACUCUUCCCAAGUCAUCAAUAUUCUGAUAAGUAUCGGUGACUUUAUCGAGAGACCGAUUCUUUGGGGGAGAUAUCGUGAACAUUUUGAGAUGAUUUGUGAGCUGUUUGAGCGGGAAAUUGAUGCACUCGCUGAAAUUUUUUAUGGGAUGAAUGAAAAAAUCAUGGAUGGUGGAAAAUUCCUGCUCAAUCGCACAUCAUCAACCCAUUCAGGCGUAUUUGGAUGGAUUAAUCAACUCAAGAGUAUUCUCGAGGAGCCUUUCAAUAAGUUGCCUUUCGUGGUUGAUAGUGAUGAGAUUUUUAAGAGUGAACAAGGAAGACGGAUGAUGGAUAAGUUUAAGAAUCUGUCGGAUGAAUUAAGAGAAAUUGAGGAGAUGACAUUGAGAACAUGGCACAAGGAUGCUCUUGAGAAAUUGAAUAUGUGCUAUUCUGAGCCACUUAUCGUGUUGGAUGUCACAGGAAUUCCAUGCAUUAACAUCAACCACAAUUUUGACGUCCUAAUGAGAGAUAUUAGAAAUAUUCAGCAAUUGAAGUAUGAAAUUCCAGAUGAAAUUGGUUCUGAAUUGCUUGAGCGAUCAUCUUCCUUUUGGAUUGUGAAAAAUAAAUUGCUUACAUUCUGUGAGAAGUAUCGCUUUGUGCAAACACAGAUGAAUGAGUUUGAAUUGGCAGUCAUUGAAGAUGAAACCAGGGAUAUUGCCAAUGAUAUUGGAAUGCUAAUUGAGAUGGACAAUUGGGGUGAAUUUGAUAUGAAUCGCGUUGAGGGAAUUGAGGAAAAAAUCAACAAUCUUCACGAAAGAAUGAUGAAGGUUAAGGAGAACAUGGCAAAAAUCACUGAGCAUCUGGCAGAGAUGAAUUAUCCUUUGUACCAUCGCAAAGAACUUUCAUCAAACUCCACAAUUUCUUUCUAUAAAAGACACAAAAUCCUUCCAAAGUGGUUUUGGAAUUGUAUGAAACUCAACAAACUCAUCAGAACAGUUCUAUUGGAGAAUUUUGCAUAUUUCACCAACAUUGAAUACACGCCAAGUUCUAGGGAGGAAAUCGAAUUAAUAAAUCCCAAAACAAUAUCCUUCCUCAGAGGAUUUGACAGUGAAUUUAUCAAGAAAUUCGCCGAACCACGCCUUGAGUACUACUGGAGAGAAAUUUCAAAAAUUGGAGCAGAAAAUAGUUCGUUCGUCAAGUAUAAGAAUUCAAUUGACUCCAUGGUCUUUAAAGAACUGGCAAAAAUCGUGCGGGACUGUUUGAAUUAUUUUAAGGAAGAACUAACAAAUGCACAAAAUGAGAAAGUACCACCAUUCGUGGAAAUAAAUCUAUUUGCCAAGGGAGAAACCAUCAUCUUUGACCCAUCAAUUGAGAUUAAUAGUCCUAAUGGGCUAUUCAAGAAAUUCCGUGGUCUUCUUCAUGAUACAGCAAGUAUUUUGCAGCUCAUCGUACGCAUUAAUGAAGAAAGCAAACACGAAAUGAUAUCGACAGGAAAAACUCCCACGUUUUGGUCACUUCAGAAAGAAAUCGAUGAAAUUCAAAAGAUAUCUAAUUUUGUCAACGACCUCAUAUCAGAGGCAAUUGGAUGCGUAAAUGAGUGCCAGGACUUCUUCAUAGUCUAUGAGAGCUUCCUCAAUUUAAAUAAAGAAAUGCAUGUGGAUGAAUAUGUGAAAAAUGGAAAGAAUUUUCCAUUCUGGAACUCACCAACGGCAUCAUCUUACCUAUCGAGAGCGAGCAGUGAUACAGAUUUGGUUAAUUUUGAGCUUGGGUGCAAUCAUGAAGCGCAAUUUGCCAAACUGGAUGUAAUUCAUAAUGUUAUUUCGCAAUAUGAAACGCACAAAGUAUGCAAAGGUUGGCUUAUUGUGAAUUCAUCGCGACUGCGGCAGGAUUUGCUUGUGCACAUAAAUCAAUGGGCAACAUUGCUAAAGAAUAGGCUACACAAGUACGUUGAUGAAUGCCUCAGGGAGUACGAAAUGUUUUUUGACCGAGCUUUGUGUGAGCUUAGCGGUGAAAUUGAUUUGAAGGAUUUUGAGAAAGUAAAGAACGUAAAACGAAUACAGAAGGAAAUUGCGAAGGAACGCGACCAGGAGGAUGACGGCGUGUUAUUUAAAUCGCUUAUCGAUAUUGUGAACCUUCUCAAAUCAAUGAAUAUUCAAAUUGAGGAGAACAUCCUGGAAAUGCUGGAAAAUUUGCCCAAAAAAUGGAUUUUGCUGGAGAGGAAGAGCAUCGAGAAGGAGGAGGAGAUUGCCAAUGUGUUGGCAUACCAACGGGAUAUGAUGAAGAAGGAGGGAAUUCUUCUAGAGCUGAGAUUGAAAUUGUUUGCGGAAGAUUUUGAAAAUUCGCAACUUUUCACAUUUCCAUGCACAAAUGUUUACGUCAAAGUGGAUGAAUGGUAUGAAAAAAUUGAGAAAAUGCGACUCUACCACGAUGAAUUGGGGAAUAUCUUCAAGGAUUUAGGUGUGAAUUUCGAUCAGAGAGAAAAAUUGAAGGAGAUUAAGAAGAAGCUGAGAAAUAUCAAGCACCUGUGGGACAGUGUGGCAAUGAUUGAGGCAUCUGUGGCAGAAUGGCGACAAACACGGUGGUUGGUGAUUAAUCUCGAUGAGGUCGAUCAGGAGUGUAGGGCGUACCUUAAGUAUCUACGGACACUCGAUAAAUCAAUGCAUCAACUGGAGCCAUUCCUGUACUGUGACACAACACUAAGGAGCCUCUUGGUAUCCCUGAGGACAAUGAUGAAUCUGCAAGAAACAUCAAUGAAAAUGAGGCAUUGGAAGGAGUUGGAAGGUGCUACGGGAGAGGAUAUAAAGAUUGAAUCAGGGACAACUUUGGGGACACUACUUGAUCUUCAGUUGCACAAAUUUGAGGAGAAUAUCAAGGAAAUUGUUGAGAAGAGUAUUCAUGAGCAGAAACUCGAGACAACAUUGGUAGAUAUAAGGAAAUUCUGGAAAGUGUGCAAGUUUGAAUUGGAGAAGAAUGAUAAUUUGAAAACGAACAUCCUCAAGUGGAAUGAAGAGUUCUUUGAGACGCUCGAUGAUCAUCAAAUGCAACUCCAGAAUAUCCUUCAUUCGAGGUACAUUGCUGAGAUGGCGGGUGAGGUAAAAAAAUGGAAAAAUGACCUAGAAAUUGUAUACAAUAUCCUCGAUCUUUGGUUUGAUGUACAGCGCAAGUGGCUAUUCAUGCAGAAUAUUUUCACAUGUAGCACAGAUGUUCGUGUCAAAAUUCCCGAAGAAGCUAGGAAUUUUACAACAAUUGAUGGACAAUUGAGAAAAUUCUUGGCACAGAUUACAGCAAAUCCAUUGAUAAUUAAGAUGUCGACGAAGAGUCACCUUCUCAAAGACCUCCAGGAGGUUAAUGAGAAAUUGAUGGUCAUUGAGAAAGUGCUAAAUGAAUACCUUGAGGGGAAGAGAAUGGACUUUCCGAGAUUCUAUUUUAUGUCAUCAGUCGACUUGUUGGAUAUCCUUACGAGUGGUACACAGCCUCAGGAGGUCUUUCGUCACCUCACAAAACUCUUUGACUCAAUUAAAUCCCUUCAAAUGAGUCGGGGUGAGAGGUCAACACAGGCAAUAGGGAUGUUUUCCAAGGAGGAUGAGUAUGUAGCAUUUCAAAAUAACUUCCAGUGCUCUGAUGCUGUCGAAGUGUGGCUCAAUAAACUCCUCAUUGAGAUGCGCCAUACCCUGAGGCAUAUUCUGGGUCAAGCGGUGUUGGCAUAUACAGAAAAACCCCGGUACGAGUGGCUUUGCGACUGGCCAGCCCAGGCUGCCCUGUGUGCAUCCCAAAUUUGGUGGGCCAUCGAGGUGGAGAGGGCAUUCCAGUGGAUAGAGAUGGGAAAUGAGUACGCAAUGAAAAAGUACCACAAUAGGCAGAAAGAGCAGCUCGCAGAGUUAAUUAACAUGCUCAUUGGUGAACUAACGACUGCCGAGAGGCAGAAAAUCAUGACAAUAUGUACAAUUGAUGUUCACUCGAGGGAUGUGGUGGCCAAACUGAUUGCCGACCGUAUCGAAAGUUCAACGGAAUUUCAGUGGCAAAGUCAAUUGCGACAUAAAUGGGAUGAAGAUGCUAAUGACUGUUUUGCCAACAUUUGCGAUGCUGAAUUUCGCUAUGACUAUGAAUACCUGGGAAAUACACCAAGGCUUGUGGUUACGCCACUCACUGACAAAUGCUACAUCACCCUGACGCAGAGUCUCCAUUUAUUCAUGGGUGGUGCGCCAGCUGGACCAGCAGGUACGGGAAAAACAGAAACAACGAAAGAUCUUGGACGUGCUCUGGGCAUGAUGGUCUAUGUGUUUAAUUGUUCGGAACAAAUGGAUUAUAAAUCUUGUGGAAACAUCUACAAAGGCUUGGCCCAAACGGGAGCUUACGGAUGUUUCGAUGAGUUCAAUCGCAUUUCCGUGGAAGUUCUCUCCGUUGUGGCAAUUCAAGUGAAAUCAAUUCUGCAAGCUUUAAAGGUUGGCAAGACGACAUUCAAUUUCUUAGGGGAGACGAUAAAAUUGGUGCCAACUGUUGGAAUUUUCAUCACAAUGAAUCCCGGCUAUGCUGGAAGAACUGAAUUACCGGAAAAUUUAAAGGCUCUCUUCCGCCCCUGCUCAAUGAUCGUUCCGGAUAUUGAGUUGAUUUGUGAAAUCUUGCUGAUUGCUGAGGGAUUUCAAAGUGCAAGGGCAUUGGCAAGAAAAUUCAUAAGUCUCUACUCCAUGUGCCGAGAGCUACUAUCGAAGCAAGAUCACUACGACUGGGGUUUGAGAGCUGUUAAAUCAGUCCUAGUUGUAGCUGGUUCACUAAAACGUGCUGAUCCUGAACGAUCGGAAGAUGAAGUUCUCAUGAGGGCAUUGAGGGACUUCAACACACCCAAGAUCACAGUGGGUGACACCCCGAUAUUCCUUGGACUUAUUGGAGAUUUAUUCCCAGCUCUCGAUGUACCACGACAGAGACAUACGGAAUUGGAGGAAUUCGUGAGAAAGGCUGCGUGUGACCUCAAUCUCAAGCCUGAGGCGAGCUUUGUGCGCAAAGUAACAGAAUUGGAGGAAAUUCUGCAAGUACGGCACUCGGUGUUUAUCAUUGGGGAUGCUGGAGUGGGGAAGUCGUGUGUGUGGAAGGCAUUGUUUCGCACAUAUGAGAUGCAGGGUAGCAAUCCUAUUUACAAUGAUUUAAACCCCAAAGCCGUGACAAACGAUGAACUCUUUGGUGUUGUACACCCCGUAACGCGCGAAUGGCAGGAUGGGUUGUUCUCAAUUAUUAUGCGUGAUCAGGCGUAUGCGUCAAGUUCUGGUCCCAAGUGGAUUGUCUCAGACGGCGACAUUGAUCCAAUGUGGAUUGAGAGCCUCAACACCGUGAUGGAUGACAACAAAGUGCUCACAUUGGCAAACAACGAGCGUAUUCCACUCACGCCAUCAAUGAGAUUGCUCUUUGAGAUUGGGCAUCUUCGGACAGCCACCCCAGCAACAGUAUCCCGUGCCGGUAUACUCUACAUUGAUAACCAAGUCGUUGGCUACCAACCCCUCAUUGACUCGUGGAUUGAGCGGCGUGAUAGUGAUGCGGAGAAAAUACUCUUGAAUCACUUAUUCCACAAAUAUGUCCCAGUUAUUCUCGAAGCUAUGCAUACAAAAUUCACCACCAUCAUACCACUUGUGGAUGUAGCCCUUGUUCAGACAACUUGCAGCCUCCUCGAAAGUCUUCUCACAGCGGAAAAUGUACCACCAAACAGCCCGAAUGAGUGGUAUGAAAUAUUCUUUGUAUUUGCUGCAAUUUGGGGUUUUGGGGGACCACUAUAUCAAGAUCAGCAACGUAAUUGGCGUCUCGAAUUCCACAGAUGGUGGGUGAGGACGUUUAAAACAGUUAAAUUCCCUGCCACAGAUGCCACAGUGUUCGACUAUCAUGUGGAUUUAGAUACGAAGAGGUUCAUUUUGUGGGAAAACCUCAGGGAUGAUUUCAAAUUCUACCCUGAAAUCCCAUUGCAAAUGACCUUUGUUGACACGGAAGAGACUGUGAGGCUUCAGUACCUCCUAACACUUCUCAUCAAUGCUGGCCAUCCGGCAAUGAUUGUGGGUGGUAGUGGAUGUGGUAAAACGAUGCUGGUGCAGAGGAAACUCACCACCCUAUCUGGUGACUUUACAAGUGCAAACAUCCCGAUGAAUCUGUAUACGACUUCAAGAGGAUUUCAGGCAUCACUGGAGGUGCACCUCGAGAGGGCCACAGUACGGACCAUAGUGCCAAGAAAUGGCAAGAGGUUGAUUUAUCUUGUGGAUGAUAUCAACUUGCCACAGGUUGACCAAUAUGGCACCACUGCACCCCAUACGGUCCUUAGGCAAUUCCUCGACUAUGGACAUUGGUACGAAUGUGAGAAAUAUAUCCUCAAAAACGUUCAAAAUUGCACAUUUUUGGCAACAAUGAAUCCGAAUGUGGGAUCAUUCACCAUUAAUCCACGACUUCAGAGGCAUUUUGCAACGAUUGCACUGAAUUUCCCAGCACAUUUCACCCUAAAAGCUAUGUACGCAUCUAUUCUGAGUCAACAUCUCCAAAAUGCAGCCAAUAAAUUCACCCCCUCAGUCCAGGGUAUUUAUUUGAACGUUGUGCAGAGUGUAAUAGAUUUCCAUGCAGAAGUUUGUCAAAACUUCCUGCCAACUUCCAUAAAAUUCCACUACAACUUCAAUCUGCAUGACAUCACCAACGUCUUCCAAGGAUUAAUCUUUACGCAUCAUGCCUCGUGUCCAACCACUGAGGAUUUCUUCAAACUCCUCAUUCACGAAUUCUAUCGGGUCUACGCAGAUAGAUUGCUUUCGCGUGAAGAUCUGCAGGUGUUUGAAACCCUAAUUAGGUCAGCUACUGCAAAGGUUAAGAAAUAUGUUGAUGGAGAACUUGAAAUUCCGAAUCCAUUGCUUUACUUUCACUAUGCAAAUGGACUGAAUGAUACGGAAUACGCUAAAGUGGAUUCUUGGAAGCGUCUCAAUGAUGUACUGGAGGAAGCUCAAGAGAAUUACAGAGAAAUUGUUGGACCAUCGAAUCUUGUUCUCUUCGAAGAUGCCAUGAUUCAUAUAUGUCGCAUUAUACGCAUAUUGGAAUCAGCCCGAGGGAAUGCCAUGUUGGUGGGUGUUGGGGGUUCAGGAAAGAAGUCCCUAACGAAACUUAGUGCCUUCAUAACGUCUCUUCCUGUUGAGGAAAUUCAAUCUAGCUCAGGGUAUGGUGUACCCGAAUUCCGCAGUGACCUCGCUGUGUUGUACAAGAAGACCGGGGUGAAGGGUACGAAGUGCUGUCUAAUGAUAUCUGAUGCUCAAAUUCCCUCAGAGGAAUUUGUCAUGAUAAUUAAUGAUGUCCUCACGACUGGGGAGUGUCUCAAUUUACUCCCCGAAGAGGAUGUCCAGGGGGUGGUGCAGCAAGUGCGAAUGGCAGCAAAGCAACAGGGUAUACCAACUGAUCGAGCCAAUUGUUGGCGUUUCUUUAUCGAUCGUGUACGUAAUAAUCUCAAAAUUGUCCUUUGCUUCUCACCGGUUGGUAAUACCAUAAGGCAGAGAGCACGAAAAUUACCCGGAAUGUUUAGCAAUUGUCGCAUCAUUUGGUUUCAUGAUUGGCCAGAGGAAGCUCUUGUUUCCGUCGCCAAGAAAUUCCUUGCUUCAUUCGAGCAAAUUCCUGCAAAUUAUGUGGAACCCAUCAGCUGUUUCAUGGCUAAAGUGCACAAUUCUGUGAAUGAGGUUUCCAAAAUGUAUCUCGAAAGUGAAAAGAGAUUCAACUACACCACCCCUAAGACAUACUUGGACAACAUUGAUCUCUACAGAAAAUUGCACGAAGAGCGUAGAAUUAAAAUAAUUCAUUGGAUUAAUCGCUUGGACUUGGGUUUAGUGAAUUUGGAUUCAUGCUCAGAGCAAGUUGAUGAUCUCAAAAAGUCCUUGGCUGAGCAAACAGUUGUUACACAGGAAAAGAAGAAAGAAGCAGACAAGAUGCUAAGUAUUCAGCGCGAGAAAAAUGCCGUGAUGUCUGAGGAGAGAUCAACUGUAGCUGAAGAAGAAAAGCGUGUCCGUGUAAUUGAGGCAGAUAUUGCCAAAACGGCAGCUCAGUGCGAAGAGGAAGUCAAAUUGGCAGAGCCAGCGAUCCAACAGGCAGAAGCAGCUCUAAAUACGUUAGACAAGAAAAACUUGACGGAACUUAAAUCUUUUGGGACACCCCCACCGGAUGUAGUAAAAGUAACAGAGGCUGUCCUUAUUCUCUUUUCAAAAGGAAAAAUCCCUAAGGAUCGUUCGUGGAAAGCUUGUCGUGCAAUGAUGGGAAAAGCUGAUACAUUUCUCGGUAAUCUCAAAACUUUCGACAAGGAAAACAUUAAAGAUGAUACGAUCACGGCCAUAUUGCCAUAUGUUAAAGAUCGUGGCUUUAAACCUGAAUUGAUAAAAUCCAAAUCAUCAGCUGCAGCUGGAUUGUGUGCUUGGGUGAUAAAUAUUCAUAAGUUUCACAUGGUGUAUUCAGAUGUGAAGCCUAAACUUGAAGCUUUGGGCACAGCAAGGGAGCAACUAAAGGCGGAACAGAAAAAGCUCGAUGAAUUGAAUGAAAAGCUUCAGGUAUUGGAAGAUAAAUUGAGUGAAUCCGAGCUACAGCUUCAAGCUGCUCUAGAUGAGCAAACACGUUGCCAGAAUGAGGCAAAUCAAACUGAAAAAUCACUCGAUCUAGCUCGUAGACUAAUCGAUGGGCUAUCAUCGGAACGUGUGAGGUGGAGACAGGAUAUUCAGAAGCAUAACCAACAAUUAGCUUCAACCCUUGGUGAUGCAUUAAUAGCUGCAUGCUUCGUCUCAUAUAUGGGAUACUUUACACAGAGUUAUCGUGAAAAAAUCAUCAAGGAUUAUUGGAUUCCCACAUUGGCAACCCUUGAGCCACGAAUAACGAUUGGAGAUGACCUGGUUGAUUUGAAUCCCUUUUGGAUCCUGUGCAACGAUGCUAUGAUGGCUGAGUGGAACAAUGAGGGAUUGCCAAGUGACAAAAUGUCCAUGGAUAAUGCAAUGAUUCUUCUGAGUAGUGUGAGAUGGCCUCUUAUGAUUGACCCCCAGCUGCAGGGUAUAAAGUGGAUCAAAAAUAGGUUUGGGGAUGAAUUGAUGGCAACGCGUCUCGAUGCAAAGGAUUUCCUCGAGGUUGUGGAGCAUGCAGUAAAAGUGGGUGGUGUGCUACUGAUUGAAAAUGUGGGUGAGAGAUUUAGUACGAUGCUGGGGAAUCUCUUUGGACGCGUUCUAACAAGAGGCGGUCAAACAGUGAUGCUGGGUGACCGAGAGAUUGAUUUUAAUCCCUCUUUGAGACUCAUCCUGCAGACGAAGCUAUCAAAUCCACACUACCAGCCUGAGGUGCAGGCACAGCUUGCAUUAAUUAAUUUCACCGUGACGCAUGAAGGCUUGGAAGAUCAAUUGCUGGUGGAUGUUGUGAAAUUGGUGCGUCCAGAGUUGGAGGAGCAACAGCAUGAAUUGACGGUACAGAGGAAUGUUUUUAAGAUUCAACUCAAAGAGCUACAAGAUAAAUUGCUGGAGCGUUUGUCGGGGGAGACAGGCAAUAUUUUAGAGAAUUCAUCACUAGUUGAGAAUGUGGAGGCUAGCAAGGAGUUGGCAGAGGAAAUUGAGGCGCGCUCCCGGGAGGCACGUGAAAUGGCAAAGGAAAUCAGUGCAGCACGUGAAAUGUUCCGCGAUGUGGCCAAAAGGGCGGCUGUACUUUACACAAUCCUCAUGGAUAUGCAUCGUGUGAAUCCCAUUUAUCAGUAUUCCAUGGCGAUAUUUCAGCGUAUUUUCAUUCGUGCUAUCGAGGAGACACCAAAGGAUACGAUUGAGCGUGAGCAUGUGAAUGCACUUAUUGAAAAUGUUACGUACCACGUGUAUGACUUUGUAAGCCGUGGCAUGUUCAAACAGGACAAGUGGGUCCUCAUCAUCCAAAUGUUCUUGCAAUUGUAUAUCAAUUCAAAAGAAUACAAUGCAAUUGAAUUUGCUUUCCUGCUGCGGUGCCCAAGUAAAAGUGCCAAGACACCUGUAUCCUUUCUCAGUGAUGCCAAUUGGGGUGGGGUGCUUGCACUAUCGGAGUUGGACAAUUUCCGUGACAUAAAUAGAGAUAUUGUGGAAUUCAACAAGAGAUGGGAACUUAUUGUGCAUUCAGAGAUGCCUGAAAAUGAAAAAUUUCCCGGAGAUUGGCGCAAUAUGAAUGCUGUACAAAAAUUGUGUAUUCUCCGUGUCCUUCGUCCUGACCGGAUGGUCUAUGCAUGCUAUCAGAGUGCCAUAAACAAAUUUGGACCAAGAUUCCGGAAUAUACCACCCCCUGACAUAACGAAAAUCUAUCAGGAGAGCUCAUCGACAAUUCCUAUUUUCUUUAUUCUCUCACCCGGUGUGGAUCCCAUUGCGGAGGUGGAGAAGCUCGGGCGGCAGCUGCAUUUCAUGCCAGAGAAUGGGAAUUGCCAUAUCAUUUCUCUGGGUCAGGGUCAGGAAAGAAAUGCUGAAUGCGCACUUGUCGCUGCAGCCAAAGAAGGACAUUGGGUUAUUUUGCAGAAUAUCCAUUUGGUGGCAAAGUGGCUACCAGUGCUGGAGAAAUGCAUUGAGGAGGUUUGUGUGGCGCCACAUGAGUCCUUCCGGUUGUUCAUGAGUGCUGAACCAGCUGAAAAUCCGGAAUACCACGUCCUACCUCAGGGUAUCCUCGUGUCAGCCAUUAAAGUCACGAACGAGCCGCCAUCCGGCAUGAGAGCCAACCUACACGGGGCACUCAAUCAGUUCUCGCAGGAUACACUCGAAACGUGCCCCAGGGAGGUGGAAUUCAAAGCAAUCCUGUUUGCCAUGUGCUACUUCCAUGCCAUCGUGGGUGAAAGGAAGAAAUUUGGCCCCGCAGGAUGGAAUCGUUCCUACCCAUUCAACUAUGGAGACCUCACGUUCUCCGCCAGUGUCCUCCAGAACUACUUGUUUGACGACUUAAAGGAAAUUCCUUGGGACGACCUGCGUUAUAUGUUUGGAGAAAUAAUUUAUGGCGGACACAUCACCGAUGACUGGGACAAACGUCUCUGCCACACGUACCUCAAGAAAUUCCUCCUUCCAAGCCUCAUCACGGAUAAACUGGAAUUCUGUAGUGGAUUUGAGUCACCCGGUAGUUUAGAUUAUUCCGAAUACCACAAAUAUAUCGAUGAGAAUCUCCCCGAGGAGUCACCCUAUAUCUAUGGUUUGCACCCCAAUGUCGAAAUUGUAGCUGAAACAACAAAGGCCGACGAUAUGUUCACCCUUCUGCAGCGUCUUCAGGUUCACAGUGUCAGCACAUCAGCAGCAGAGGGCAGGAGUGAGCAGGAUGUUGUGCUUGAUAUUGUGGAAGAUUUCAUAGAUAGAUGCCAUGAGGGUUUCACGAUGGAGGAACUACAAACAAGGUUGGAAAACCCGAGCCCCUAUGCUGUUGUUGCGCUGCAAGAAUGCGAAAGAAUGAACGUACUGUGGGGUGUUAUCAAGAAAUCACUCAUUGAACUCAAGCAGGGACUAUCUGGGGAGCUAACAAUGUCCAAUGAAAUGGACGAAAUGGUUGCAUUCCUUUUUAUCGACAAAAUUCCCACCAAAUGGUUGAAAUUCUCGUAUCCGAGUCUCCUUGGUGUUCAGAAUUGGUUUGGAAAUUUGCUUAGUCGUGUGCAACAGCUAGAGAUCUGGACCUCGAACUUUGCACUACCACCCGUUGUAUGGCUCGGGGGAUUAUUUAAUCCACAGAGUCUCCUCACGGCUGUUAUGCAACAAACAGCUCGCCGACAUGGUCUAGCUCUCGAUAGAAUGGCGCUAAAUUGUGAUGUUACCGAUAAAUCAUGGAGUGAGAUUGGAACAGCUCCAAAUGAAGGCAUUUACCUCCGUGGACUGUAUUUGGAGGGGGCUCGGUGGGAUGUAGAGACGGGAAAUAUUGCGGAAGCUACCCUCAUGAAGCUUACUUCGGAACUUCCGGUUGUCUAUCUGAGGGCGGUUGUGAGUGAGCGGCAAGACAAGCGGGGUAUGUAUGAGUGUCCGUUGUACAGGAAUCGUUCAAGGGGACCCACCUACGUCUACAAGUUCAAUAUCAAGAGCAAAGAAAAUCCGGAAAAAUGGGUACUCGGAGGAGUUUGCUUGCUUUUGGAAAAAUGAUUUGUUGUAAAAUAAAAAAUUUUGGCUGAUUUAAUACAAUAAAA